AUGUUGAACAAGACGCUCAUGCGAUUCUGGGAGAUCGAGAACGUUGGUACAGAGUCAAACAUGACCGUUGCUGAAGCGCUGGUAGAGGAACACUUUGGGAAGACACACGUACGAGAAGAAGACGGACGCUAUACGGUUCGACUACCAUUCAAUGACCGCAAGAAGCAGCUGGGCGAGUCGUUCGAGAUGGCAAGCAAACGUUUGGACAAGCUAUUGAUUUCUUUGGCCAAGGACCCGGCCAAACGCGAACAGUACUUCGGAUUUAUGGCUGAAUACCUGUCGCUCGGCCAUAUGGAGGAGAUCACCGAGGACACCCGAUAUGGAUACUACAUACCACACCACGCCGUGUUCAAGGCCACGAGUUCCACAACAAAGGUUCGCGUGGUAUUUGAUGCCUCGGCCAGCACGACAUCAGGAGUUUCCCUGAACGACACAGUUUGUGUGGGACCGACAGUCCAAAGCGAUCUGCAGACAAUCAUUCUUCGGUUCUGCGUGCAUCCGGUGGUAUUAACGGCAGACGUGCCUAAAAUGUAUCGCCAGGUUUGGCUAAGCAAGAACGACCGCAAGUUCCAGAAAAUAGUGUGGGUGGAUAAAAACGGCGUACGCAAGGUGUACGAAUUGAAAACAGUGACGUACGGGGUGGCUAGCUCACCGCAUCAUGCUACAAAAGCGCUAAUUCAGUUGGCAACGGACGAAGGCAAGGAUUUCCCGUUAGCUGAACAAGUGAUCCGGUACGACAGUUACAUCGACGAUUUCCUAACUGGUGGAAAGUCUGCGGUGGAGGUGUUGAAGAUCUAUCGCGAGCUAACGUCGCUGUUGCAACGUGGAGGAUUUGGCGUCCACAAGUUUUGUUCAAACAAUCCCGAAGUACUGAAGGCAAUACCAGAGGAGCUGCAAGCGAAGUUCGUUAGUUUUGAGGAUACUGGAAUCAACAACACGAUAAGGACACUGGGUUUGAUUUGGAACCCGCUUGAGGAUUAUUUUGCAUUCUUCGUCCAGCCGAUCAGUGAACAUACGUCGUCGACGAAGCGAAUGGUACUGUCCGAUAUCGGUCGCCUAUUCGAUCCCCUGGGGUUCCUGGGACCGGUAAUAACAGCAGCCAAAUUGGUGAUGCAGAAUAUAUGGCGUCUUGGCUUAAACUGGGAUGAAGAGCUACCGGAAGAAUUGCUGCAGGAGUGGACUACGUUCAGGCAACAAUUGCCUGUCGUCAACGCAAUGCACAAACAGCGCUGUGUGAUCCCCGAGAACGCAGUACGAAUCGAGUUGCAUGGAUUUUCGGACGCUUCGAUGCGGGCCUAUGGAGCGGUCAUGUAUACCAGGUGUGUCACAGCGGAUGGCACGAUUAGUGUGAACCUAGUUGCAAGCAAAUCGCGAGUGGCUCCACUAAAACCGAUGACGAUUCCCCGGUUGGAAUUAUGCGGAGCAAAACUACUGGCGGACUUGACAACGAAAGUGGUUGCUUCGAUGAGAAUUCAUUUCGACGAUGUGAAGUUGUGGUGCGAUAGUUCCAUCGUAUUGUGUUGGCUCAAAAAGUCACCGUCGGCACUGAAUCAAUUUGUCUCGAAUCGGGUGGCAACAAUCGUGGAGUUGACUCAAGGUUAUCAGUGGAACUACAUCCGAUCGGAGAGCAAUCCUGCUGACGUGAUUUCAAGAGGUGCAUCACCGGUAGACUUGUUGGUCUACGAUCUCUGGUGGAAAGGUUCACCACAUCUACAGCAACUGGAAUUGCAAGCAGGCGUAGCUGACGAGGUUCUUGAAAUACCGGAACUCAAAACAGCGACAGUACUAGCAACUGUGAUAGAGGGCAUUGGAAUCAGACUGGAUCGUGUAAGCGACUACCGUAAACUACAGCGUGCCUGGGCGUAUGUCCUGAGGUUCAUCGACUACGUGGUGCACAAGAAGCGUGACGUCACAAGUAUCAGCGCCAACGAAGUUACCAGUGCAGAACGAGCAAUGUUCUUGGUCCAUCAAAAGGAAGUGUUCGGUGAUCUACUGAAAGGGCUGAAAGCUGAAUCAAGCAAACGGCACGGUCUAUCCAACUUAGCACCGUUCAUCGGACUGGACGGACUCAUCAGAGUGGGCGGUCGGCUGAAAUACUCGGCGAUACCAUACGACGGUAAGCACCAAGUGCUGCUGCCGGCAAAACACCAUGUCACAGAGGCAUUGAUCCGGAAACUACACGAAGAAAACCAGCAUGUGGGACAAGGCGGACUGUUAUCCAUCGUCCGUGAACGGUAUUGGCCCCUACGGGCGAAAUCAAUCAUCAAGCGAAUCAUUUCCCAAUGCCAAAUUUGUGCGAAGCAUCGACCUAAUCUUGGCAGUCAGUUCAUGGGUAGCCUUCCGGAGGCUCGCGUUAAUCCUGCUCCAGUAUUCUCACGGGUUGGUAUCGACUACGCUGGACCGUUCCAACUGAAACCAGAAGGAAGAAGCACGAAGACAUUCAAGGGAUACGUUGUCGUCUUUGUCUGCAUGGCUGUGAAGGCGAUUCAUUUCGAAUUAGUGUCAAACCUGACAUCGGACCAUUUCAUCGCUGCUUUGCAUCGUUUUGCUAGUCGACGUGGCUUUCCGUCCGAUGUGUAUUCCGACAACGGGACUUCGUUCGUUGGUGCGAACCACGAGCUCGCAGCGCUGAAAAGGUUAUUCGAGGAGCAACAGCAUCGUCUAAAGUUGGAUGAAUUCUGCUCGGUGAAGGGAAUCACUUGGCAUUUUAUCCCGCCAAGAAGUCCCCACUUUGGUGGGAUCUGGGAAGCAGGAGUUAAGUCGCUGAAGUACCACAUGAAACGAGUUGUUGGCGAAACCAGAUUGACAACGGAGGAGAUGAAUACAUUUCUUGCUCGCACGGAGGCGAUUCUCAACUCGCGACCCUUAUUCGCGAUGUCGGAGGAUCCAAGCGAUAUGUCAGUACUUACACCGUCACAUUUUUUAAUUGGAAGGUCAGCAGUAGCCUUACCGGAACCAUCAUACGAAGACGAAAAGAUCGGGCGCUUAAACAGAUGGCAACAUAUCCAGUUGAUGCAGCAACACUUCUGGCGUAGGUGGUCUAAGGAGUAUCUACACAAUCUCCAAAGCCGUCAGAAAUGGCACGAUGGUGUGAGACGGUUUGAAGUCGGUGCGAUGGUCUUGUUAGUCGACGAGAACUUGCCUCCUCAGCAAUGGCGUCGAGGACGUAUAGUGGCGACCCAUCCUGGUGAAGACGGAGCCGUUCGAGUGGUCACGGUCCGGACGGCGACGAGCGAGUACAAGCGGGCGGUGACUAAAAUCGCUAUGCUGCCUUCUGUUGAGCCACAGGCCUCAACGGGGGGAGAAUGA